CCCACUAGCCAUUGAAAUGGGCUAAAACAAGUUGACUAACACUAAAUUUUCCGUUGACGCACUGAAAAGCCAAAAAAAAAAACAUAGGGCAAACUAUGUCAGAAGGGCCAGUUGAACAGUAUUAGAUUUAAGGGCACUGAAAUUGAAAGCAAGAGAUGCUGCUGAUGGACGCAUUGUUCAACAGUCUGUUGGUGGUCAGUUCCGGCUAUGCGAUGUACACCCUCCACCCCCUGGAAACGCCCUAUGGUUAUGCAACAGCGGCCUUGAGCCUGGUUCAUGGAAUUUUGGGGAUGGUGCGGGCAGCGAGCAAUGACGAUGAUGAGUGCAAUCGGGUGCGGCUGAUUACGUCGGGCAUCAUGGAGAUAGUGCCGCUGUCUUUGACCAAUAUCGAGCUCUAUCUGAAGUCCACCAAUCCGAGCCUGGCCUUGGCCCACACCUGUUUUGUGGUGCCAUUGGUCUACGACAUGAUGGCCAAAUUAGCUGACAACGAGGACACCUCCACGGAGACCCUAAAGGAACUCACACUCCUGGGCAACGUUGUCUCCCUGCUUUUCCUGGGCGUCAACCAGUCCAGCAAUAUGUAUGGCGGCAUGGCUGCCAUCGCUUUUGCAGCUCGCUACGGUUCUGUUAUCCUCGACUACUACUGGAAGAGACUUGGUGCCGAGUUCAACCUGCUGGCCCACUCCAUGUUUGUCGUCCUGAUGACCAUGACCCUUUCGGCAAAAUGAAGAUCACUGGACCUCCCAGAAGAGAACCUAUUCACAGCCAAGGCCAGCGGUUGGGUUCGUUGGCUUUCAGCUCAAUAAACUUGCAAUUAAUGUUGGCAAAUUAAAAUGCAAAAAUAAACAUUAAUUGUUUUGUCACAUUCGCAGCACGACCAAAAAACUUAAGUGUCUCCAUCUCUUUUGUCUUCCCCUUUGUGUCUCCAGCGCUGCCAUCACUCGACCUCCAUCAUCCAAAGAUCCAGAGAGAUCCAGCUGGGGAUAACAUUUUAGCUUCAAUUUACAACGUCAGCGGCGAGCCCCAAAUGAGCCAAAUGAGCUGAUCCCCACUCUGAGGCCAAAAAAGCAGCGAAUAAAAGGCAUGAGUUAAGAUGGUCGUGCUGUUGAAAUGUUCAAUUAAAUACACAAAUGCAUAA